UCAUAAAUAUCGUCAGAACUUCAUUUAAAAGUAAAAAAUUAUUAAAUAUUGUUACAAAAGAUAAUCUACAGGGAAUAGUAAACCUCAUAAAAAAAAAAGAAACUAAUGAAAAUUUUCUAUUUAGAUUUUAAAUUAUUCGUGACUAUAAACAAAAGAACGUAUAUAAUCGAAUCAGAUUUUGAGUCGCUGAUGAACCAAUCGAUAAAUAAAAAGAAUUGUAUGAAUAACAAAAUAUAAUACUUAUGUAAUAGUGUGCUCGAAUAAAGAGGUGCGUUGAACGAAUGAUCGACACAGAAAAAUUUUAUUCCAUUUGUAUGUAAAGAGUUUCACAAGGAUGGGUUUAUUAACGGUGUUGAAGAAAUUGAAGCAGAAAGAAAAAGAAAUGAGAAUUCUAAUGUUAGGAUUGGACAAUGCAGGUAAAACCACAGUUCUAAAACGAAUAAAUGGAGAACCUAUUGAUACUAUAUCUCCAACCCUUGGUUUUAAUAUAAAAACUUUAGAACAUCGUGGUUAUAAACUGAAUGUAUGGGAUGUGGGUGGACAAAAAUCAUUACGAUCAUAUUGGAGGAAUUAUUUUGAAUCUACCGAUGGACUUAUAUGGGUAAUUGACAGUGCAGAUCGUAGAAGAUUAGAAGAUUGUAAAGUAGAAUUGUACAAAUUAUUGCAAGAAGAAAGAUUAGAAGGGGCAAGUCUUUUAAUAUUUGCCAAUAAGCAAGAUUUACCUGGAGCGCUAUCAGCAUCGGACAUUGCUGAAAUCUUGGAAUUACCUAAUAUAAAAACGCAUCACUGGCAGAUAUAUAAAUGUUCUGCUGUGACGGGAGAAAAUUUAGUGGAGGGUAUUAAUUGGAUUAUCAGUGAUAUUGCAGCUAGAAUAUUUUAUAUUGAUUAAAUUUAUCCUUAUCCUGUGUUUAAUUUAUUAUAGAAAUGCAAAUAUUGCUCAAAAUAAAAUCUAGUAAAGUAAUUUGCAAAAGAAAAGAAAAUAUCUACACACACAUAAAAUAAAUUUCUUGUUAUUUCAUUCACUGGCUCUUUUAAUAUGCUUUAUUAAAAAAUUUUCAAUAUUUUUGUAUAUUUAAUGGCUGUGUGUAAUCAUUGAUACUUUUAGUAAUACCCUUCAUAGAAGUCAUCAAUUAUGUAUUCUUCAACUUCAUCUGCCAUUUCUUUUGGAUCAGGAUACUUUAUGUGAUCAUAAAUAAAGUUCUUCUAUUUUGACUAAGUCUUCUUCCUUUUCUUUGCGCGCUUUUGAUGGCUUGACUGGAGGAGGUUUUGUAUCUGGAAAUUCUUCUAAAUAGACAGCUUUUAGAAGUCCUUGAUCAACAGUUUUUUUUGGUCCAAGGAAAGCCAUUAUAAUUUCUUUAAUAAGUGAUUUAGAUAAUUUCAAUUUAAAUUCGCUCAUUAAUCUUCUAAAUUGCCCUACAAUAACAUUCAUUAUAAAUUUCAUAAUAUUUUAUAUAUUUUAAUAUUGUUUUAAAAAUAUGUACAUGUAGAUGUAUUAUAAUUUUGUAACUUAUACCUCGACUUAUUGGUUUAUCACUUAAAGAUAAUACAAAAUGUCCAAAGUUU